AUGUGUGCCAAAAUACGGAUUUCCGCUGCUUUAUUAUUUGUGCUAUCGUCGGUGUCGUGUUUUCAACAACAAUAUUUCCGCGUGUCCCCGCGGAGCCUUCGCGUCCAGGAAGGAUCGGAGGCGGUUCUGGAGUGCGCCGUAGCUAAUCUUGCUGGUCAGGUGCAGUGGGCGAAGGAUGGAUUUGCACUUGGAUUCUCAUCGGUUAUCCCCGGCUACCCACGGUACACGAUGUUCGGGGACAGGCGGCACGGUGUCUACAACCUGCGUAUCAUCAACGUGACACUAGAGGACGAUGCUGAAUACCAGUGUCAAGUUGGGCCAGCGCAGAUGCACAAAGUGAUCCGGGCGAACGCAUCCCUCACUGUUAUAUCUCCUCCCAAUGCUGUGGAGAUUGUUAAUCACCCCCAUAACUCGAAGCUGGAAGUGAAAGAAGGAGAAGAUGUGAUGCUGGAAUGCCAAGUGAAGAACGCCAAGCCGGCUGCAAAGAUUGUUUGGUACAGGGGAAACCAGGAGAUGAAAGGAGAACGAGUUGCAAACGAAGACAUCAGAGAGGUCGACAGCCCAAGCGGAAAUCCAAAAUCUUUGAGAUAUACAACAAUAUCGAGGGUACAUUUCAAAGCGACGUCGGAGGAUGAUUACGCGGACUUCACGUGUGAGGCCCGACACGAAGCUCUGCAUAGAGACUCACCGAUGAGGAGUACUAUACAACUCAGUGUGCAAUAUCCCCCAGGUGCUCCCUACAUUGAAGGCUACGCAGAGGGUGAGACAGUAAGACGCGGCCAGAGUCUAGAACUAGUUUGCAGAAGUCGCGGGGGAAACCCUCCAGCUCAACUCAUCUGGUACAAGAACGGAGAACAGAUCAGAAUGGCAUACAGAACGAGCGGUCGCAUGUCGGAAAACGUCCUAUCUUUCAAAGCGGACGCAUCGGAUAACAAAGCUCGGUACACGUGUGAAGCUAAAAACAUUAUGAUAAGCAACACUUUGAAGGCAGAGAUCGAUCUUACUGUUCUUUUCGCUCCUUCGCAUGUGACGAUAUCGGGUCCUUCAGAGGCUCGAGUCGGCGAUCCAGUACCAUUGACUUGCAACACCGCCCCCUCGAACCCCGCCGCUGAAAUUAAAUGGCUGGUCCUCGGUAAACAUCACAGGGAGGCUAGUAAUCGAACGGUGAUCUCGCCAGAAGGUGGCUGGAUUACAACAUCGAACAUUACGGUGGUGGUGGAGCCCAACCGGCGUUCCAUUGUCGUAGUCUGCCACGGCAUCAACGCACAGCUAACGGAAAACGUCGUGGCUACACACACUAUUAACGUGUUAUAUCCACCAUCGGCGCCCAUGAUCACAGGCUACAUACCAGGGACCACUCUGGCUGCUGGGACGGUCCAGAAGUUGUCAUGCAUAUCCACUGGUGGAAAUCCACUAGCCACGCUCACUUGGUUCAAGAAUGACAAGAAGAUCCACUCUGUCACGAAGACGACGGACAAAAUGGUCUCGUCCGAGAUAUCCAUACUCACCAACGUCACGGACAACCAGGCGCAGUACCGCUGCGAGGCGACCAACUCAGCCACCGAGAUCCCUCUCUUUGAAACUGUCACUUUAAACGUACACUUCGCACCAGAGGCCGUGAAAGUUAGAGCUGAACCAGACGAGCUGCGGCCGGGUAUAGAAGCUACGCUGUUUUGUGACGCGGCCAGCAGCAACCCACCAGCUACGCUUUCGUGGUGGCGCGAUGGAAUACCCGUCCAAGGUCUGCCGAUGAAAAUGAAGAAAGGCCUGCACGGCGGCACAGUGUCGACGAUAGAACUCAAGUUGACAAUAUCCAAGGACCUGAACGGCGCAGUAUACACUUGCCAAGCUAUGAACGAAGCGAUACAACGGAGCGUACACGAUGCCCUCACUUUGAAAGUCCUCUAUGCCCCAAUCUUCGACGAGACGACGCAGACGACAGCAGUGGGCGUCGAACAUGAACAAUUGAUUGUAUCGGUUCGCGCUGAGGGAAACCCUGCCAGCAUCACUUACACUUGGACGAAAGACGGACUGCCUAUCACGCAUUCCUCGUAUAGCACAUCCAACGAUAGAAUAAUAUCUGAAGGCAGUACGUUGAACAUGACUCGUCUCUCUCGCCACGACGCUGGCGUCUACACCUGUGAAGCUGUUAACUCUCAGGGUGCUGCUGUCAUCAAUAUCACCGUUUCUGUUCACUACGCAGCGGAGAUAAAAUCAGUUUAUCAGGACGGCGUUGCGAGCCCUAACGAAGAUGCCGUGUUGGCCUGCGCGGCAACUGGUAACCCAUUAUCAUCCGACCACAUUCGCUGGGAGAGGCCCGGCUACGAUAUUUCAAGUCGAACUGUCACUUUUGACCCCCGAAAUCAAACCAGCUUCCUGACUAUUGACAAGUCGAGUCGAGAAGACGUAGGCGUUUUCACGUGCGUCGUAGAUAACGGGAUUGGUGGGGAGGAUAGACAGGAUGUGACGUUGGUUGUCAAGUUCAAGCCGGAAAUGGACACGUCGCCGAGUUUGGUCAAAUCGGCAAGCAACGUCGGUCAAGUUGGGCGGCUGACUUGCAAGUGCAAAUCCGCCCCCGCGCCUAACUUCACGUGGUCGAAGAACGGUGCCAAACUCCCCGUCAACACAUCGACCAAAUACUUUGCUGAAUACCACAAAAUCGACGCCAUCACUUUCACGUCGGUGUUGCUGAUCAACGAUGUGUCGUCGGCCGAUUACGGGUCGUACGAGUGUGGGUCCAGGAACGACCUGGGAUUCAGUACUACAUCUGUGAAGUUAGAUGUCACUAGUUCACCAGAUCCCGUGACGUCAGUGGUAGUAACCAAUGUAACCCACAACUCAGUCUCCCUGGAAUGGGUUCCUGGAUUCGACGGUGGUCUGUACACAUGGUACAGAGUGCGAUACCGGAAAAUUUACGACGAAACAUAUAAAUACGAAGAUGUGAUCCCACGAAAUGCAACAUCAUUUGCCGUUCACAAUUUAGAGAGAAACACCGAUUACGUAUUUUCCGUUAUGUCCAUCAACAAAAUGGGACAGAGCAAGUAUCGUCCUGAUGAUACUAAAGCUACUACGCUAACUUCAUCAGAGCUAGGCGAGUUGAAUGUAGUCUCGACAGAGUUUGUGGAAACCGCUGAUGUCUCCAAAUCCGUUGUAGUUUACGUUUCCAUCACUGGAGUAGUUUUGAUUUUGAUAAAUGCAGCUUUAGUAGCUUGUUUUAUUUUCAAACGACGCUCGCGCCGACUGAAAGAACAAGCCGGUCAGUCGUCGAAGUCCGCUACGAUAGAAAUGUACGCGCCCUCGUCCUACAACGACACAAUGACCGGGGAAACACUCAGCUCCGUAUCUGAAAAGUCGGAGACGUACUCGCAAGACGGGGAUGGACAGCCCCCGCCCAUACCAGAAGUGCCCAGCAUGCCAAAUCGGCACAUGCUCAAUCAGACGGACGCCUACCUAAUGGACGACCAAGGUCUAAUCCCCCCACCAUUAGACUACCCCCCACCGAAUUACGCAGUGUAUGAGGGUGAUCACGCGAGGACUUUGCCCCAUCCACACAGGCAUAAAGACAUCAGUGGACAUAGCACCUUGGGCAGAAGUGCAGGCAAGCAGAACUACGUGCCGGCUCCGAGCCCAAUGCCUCCACUAGAUGGCUCAUAUUACAAUAUGUCGUCUGAUAGGUAUCUGUCCUAUCCGCCGUUGAUCGGAGAAUAUUUGCAGCAGCAGCAACAGGCUGGCCGCACACCCACGCCUCCUCAACAGUACGGGGCGCAGCCAAUACCAAACACUCCGAGUGGUAUACCGUCACCUUCGCAUCUAGCUAGUCCACCGAUGAACUACAGUGAUGCAAUGGAUCGUCAGUCAACUGGUGGUACGUUGAGGAGACAAAGGUUUGACAAAAUGGCGGUACCACCACCUGACGUCACCGUACUACAUCCAGGGAACUGUACACAGGCUUACAGAACUAAUGAAGAGUAG